AACUGAAUAAUAUUUAUUAGAAAUUGGACAAAUAAUUGGUGAAAUUAGUGUGUAAUGUUCUAGCAAAUUGCAAGCAAUGUACCAAAAUUACAUAUCAGAGUCUUGAGUCUUAUCAUAUCAAACUCAUUAAGCCUUUUGGUUCUCAGUCACAGAUAAAUUAAAAGUUCUAUUUCUUUAGAUAGUGUAAAAUUCUUAGUAUAAGUUAAAGUAGGGUCCUUGGUCAAUUACAGUCAUUCAGUAACUCCUAACUGAGUAGUUACGCGGUACUCACAUAUCAUAUCACACCUAAUAUUUAAACUAACAUUAUGUCGGAUUACGGAGACAGUGAUGCUAAUUGGAUAUUUUACCAAGACCGACCAGAAUGGAGCGACGUAACCCCUGUACCCGAAAACGAUGGACCAACUCCUGUUGUUGUUAUUAAUCACUCAGAGAGAUUUGUAGAUGUGUACAACUACUUUAGGGCUGUUCUUCAAAAAGAUGAGAAGUCGGAAAGAGCAUUAGAAUUGACUAAAGAUGCAGUAGAACUGAAUUCAGCUAAUUACACAGUUUGGCAAUACAGACGAGAUUUAUUAAAAGCACUGGGCACUGAUUUAAGAUUAGAAUUGGAUUAUGUAGAAUCUGUUAUAAAGUUGUCACCUAAAAACUAUCAAGUCUGGCAUCACAGGAGGGUACUGGUUGAGUGGCUACAAGACCCUUCACUAGAACUUGACCUCACAGGCGAUGCCUUAGAACAAGACCCUAAAAACUAUCAUGCCUGGCAACAUCGGCAAUGGGUGAUAAAAACUUUUGGGCUCUUUGAUAACGAAAUGGAUUUCGUAGAUAGCCUUAUCUCUGAUGAUGUUCGAAAUAAUUCUGCUUGGAAUCAGCGCUACUUCAUAAUGAACAACCACCAUGGAUGGACGGAUGAGAACGUGCAAAAGGAAGUCGCUUACACAUUAGAAAAAAUUAGGUUUGUUAAAAACAAUGAGAGCUCUUGGAAUUACUUGAGAGGUGUUCUGUUGCAUGAUUGUAAAGGAAUGAGUGGGAACAACGCUGUCAAAUCAUUCUGUGAAGAACUUUACAACAAGGACUGUCGGUCUCCUUACUUACUUGCUAUGUUGAUAGACUGCUGUGACGAAGCUGUGAAGAAUGAGGAAAUGAAUGAUUUGUACAAUGCUGAGCGGGCUAUCGAGCUGUGCCAGGCUUUAGCGAACAAGUAUGAUAGGAUGCGCUGCAAAUAUUGGAAUUAUUUGUGCAAUAAGUUCAAGAACUUUAAAAACAAUGCUACAAAUAAAACUGAUACGAAGAAUUAAACUAUGUAUUUAUUUUAAUAAUAAUUAAUAUAAUCUGGUCGCAACAAAUGCAUAUUAAGCAAAAUUGUCAAAUGCUGUUAAAUAAUGUAUUAUGUCAAUGAAUAUAGUUAUCCGGU